UUGGAUUGCAUUCGUGUGAUGAGCUUUUUACCUGUGGCUUACAACAGACAUGCUCCAUCAGUAGUAAUUUUUAAUUGCUUAAUUGUUGGUGACAAUAUUAUUUCUUUGUACACUUUAUUUGAUAGGGCUUUUCAAGCGGACAUGUCCAUAGAUAUCAUAAAAGAAUUUACUGAAUUCAAAUCAUUGGAAUGCGAUCUGAAAUACCGUGAGAAGAUGUACAAAAAAACUCUCUGUAAGCAAUAUCUCUCCAUGAUAAUGUUCGUUAUUAUUUCUCUCAUAAUGGAGGUACUGUGUCCUGUUGUUUUAAACAGGACGAAUUUUUUGCUUAAGAUAUACCUCUAUCCUCUACCAUUGGACAGUACUGAACACAUACCUAUACUUGUGUUAAGAUACUGUAUUCAUUUCGUUGAGAUUGUUCCUUACUAUUUUUACAUAUCCGCAUCAAAUGUAAUGCAUGAUCUUAUUUUGAAAGAGUUGAGGCUUUCGUCUUCCUAUUUAAAACGUAAUAAGACCAAAGACGACUCAGAUUUCAAAAAGUAUAAUAUAGAUAUCGAUAUUCUAUGCAGCCAUUUUCAAAAAGUGUGCAACCUACUCCGUUUAACAAAUAAAAUGACACAAAUGCAAUCAUUUUUAACAAUACUGAGCAGUAAAAUUUGUAUCUUCAGCCUUCUUUAUGGGUGGAGAAAUGGAUUAUCUGGUGUGCUGGAAUAUAAAUAUGUAAUAAUAUUAAGUCUUGGAAAGAUUUGCCAUUCUGCGUAUAUUUUUCUGCGAGGUUUCCAGAUACAUUAUAUGAUUUCUAAAAUACGCGACAGAAUUUAUAACAUAAACGUCCCUGAAUAUAGUAUUGAAAUUGCAUCAAAGAUCAAUUUGGUCCUUAAUCGAAUAAACUCUGGCACUAUUGGGAUAAGUAUUGGUGGUAUUGCUGUAAUCAGUCCUAUGUUAUUUGUCGAGAUUCUGGGAAUCAUGUUGACUUACGCCAUCGUCGUUUUACAAACCAAGAAGGAAACAACUUAGAAUGAAAUCAUUGGUCAGAAACAAUUUAUUAAAACUUCACUUAAAACGAAUUUGAUUGUGAUACUGGAUGAACAGUAACUAUGUUUUCUUUUAUUAUUCUACUUGCCUUAGCCAUUUUACUGCGGCCAUG